AUGAAGGGAAGCUGUGUGAUUGAAGGCCAAGCUGCCACAGACUGCAAGAAAAUCAUCUUCUUUGAUACCACUAGCAUGAUAGGCCUGGCCACCAUAGUGCAAGCCCUGGAAGUGAGUGAGGCAGGGCAGGCGGCCUCAGCCUGGAGUGCAGAACAAGUGGGACACCCGCAAAGGGACUUCAAAAGGAUGUGCUCAGGACGUGGCUGCUUCCCCAGAAAAAUGGCACAGCAGCUGACAAUUGGUCAGGGAAAAUUCAUCCUUAAUUACAAGUGUGGCGUCCCCCAAUAUUUGGCUGCAGUUAUUGGAGCACCUGACAUCGCUCUUCACAUGGCAACUGUAUUGUGCAUCUAUAAAGUUCCUCAGAUUCAUUAUUUUCUGAGAAGUGUCAGAUUCAACAACAGUGUUGGUGAAAAGAUCUCCUUUGAUACAAAUGGAGAAUUCAUUGGUGGAUUUGAUAUAAUCAAUUGGAUCACAUUCCCAAACCAGUCCUUUCUUAGGGUCAAAGUUGGAGUGAUAGAUCCCAUAGCUCCACCAGAGAAGUUCUUCAAUAUUUCUGCAGAUUCCAUUAUGUGGCCAGUAGGCUUUAAUCAGGUUUCCCUCCUUCCAGAGGCCCUGGCAUCAUCUUUACACAGGCAACUGUCUAACCAUCAUUAUGGAAUUAGGCAGUUUGUCUCUUCAAAAUCUCGUGGGACACUAUGGAAAAAUGAGGAACUGACCCUGAAGGAUAUUAUUAAUAUUCACCAUGAAAUUCACGCUCAAAAAUCCUUUCUGAAAAAGUCAGUCCAGUAUGAUCUCCUAGAAGGAUCUUGUGGCUGCCAUUUAUACACAGAAAGAGGGCAUUUAUGGAAGCUGUUUGCAAUCAUCGAGUUGCUGUUAACAGUAUUGCCUCAAGUGGUGUGCAAGGAUCCUAGCCUUCAAUGCCAUCUUGAUGAGCUUCCUCCUAUUCAUCACACCUAUCAUCAACCUGGAGAUGUUAACAUUGCUGGCAUUAUUUCUGUAUGCUUGAUAUUUUCUGACCCCAUUGAUUUCAGUCAACAUCCUUCUCAGGGACUUCAAGAUGGGCUUAUAAUAGUUUUUCAGAAUUACCAGCAUAUCCUGGCCUUAGCAUUUUCUCUAAAAGAUAUCAAUGAAAAUCCUCAGAUCCUACCAAACAUCACGCUGGGCUUCCACAUUUUUAACAGCAAUUUUAGUCCCGGAUGGACUUACUAUGCCUCAAUGUUGCUGCCUUUCACUCGGGGGAAAUUCAUUCCUAACUACAAGUGUGGGGUCCCCCAAAAUUUGGCUGCAGUUAUUGGGGCACCUGACAUUGCUCUUCACAUGGCAACUGUAUUGUGCAUCUACAAAGUUCCUCAGUUGACCUAUGGCUUUGCUGAGGUCAUGGAUAAAAAGACGCAAUCAAUUUUCUUUCAACAAAUGUUUCCGGAUGAAUCUCACGAAGAUAAGGGUCUCCUGAAACUAUUGUUGUAUUUUAGAUGGAUCUGGAUUGGAAUUCUUGUGGUAAAUGAUGACAAAGGAGAGAGAUUUGUACAAGAGGUGCUCCCCACAUUUUCUGAACAUGGCGUCUGCAUUGAAUUCAUAGCAGAAUUCCCAAUCUUAGCUUUUUACAGUGAUUUCACUAAUAUCAUAGAAAAAGAACGACAUAUUUACCAAGUUCUCAUGAAAAGCACAGCCAAUGUGAUAAUCUUGUAUGGUGAAAGUCGCUCCAUGUCAAUUCUGAGAAGCUUCCUCCAGUUUUCAGAAAUGGAGGAUAUACCAAGAAAGACAAAAAUCUUGAUUACAUCCACUCAGACAGAUUAUACUUCAAUUUCCUUUGAUAAAUCUUUGGACAUCCAUUUCCUACAUGGUGUUUUAUCCUUUUCAGUUCACACAAAGGAGGUCCAAAACUUCCAGGAUUUUUUUCAAAACCUAAAUCCAAACAACAACCAACACGAUCAUUUUCGGAAAGAUUUUUGGGAACAGGCAUUCGAUUGUAUCUUCUCAAAUUCAAAAACUGAGACAUCUGAGAAGAAAUGUACUGGACAGGAGAGGCUUGAGACCCUUCCCACAUCUGUUUUUGAAACACGGAUGAGUGGACAGAGUUACAAUAUUUACAAUGCAGUCUAUGCUGUGGCACAUGCUUUGCAAUCACUCUCUCUAUCCAAAUCCAGGGGGAUAACAACAGUGAAAGAAGGAAGGAAAUAUUUCCACAAUCAUAUGUGGUGGCAGGUUCAUUCUUUUCUGAGAAGUGUCAGAUUCAACAACAGUGUUGGUGAAAAGAUCUCCUUUGAUACAAAUGGAGAAUUCAUUGGUGGAUUUGAUAUAAUCAAUUGGAUCACAUUCCCAAACCAGUCCUUUCUUAGGGUCAAAGUUGGAGUGAUAGAUCCCACAGCUCCACCAGAGAAGUUCUUCAAUAUUUCUGUAGAUUCCAUCACGUGGCCAGUAGGCUUUAAUCAGGCGUUACCUUUAUCUUUGUGUAAUGAUCCUUGUGAGACAGGACACAGCAAGGCCAAGAAAGAAGGAGAGUCAUUUUGCUGCUAUGAUUGCUGGCUGUGCCCAGAAGGAAAAAUAUCAAAAGAGAAAGAUAUGGAUGACUGCUCUCCAUGUCCUGUAGAUAAAUAUCCAAAUCCCAGGAAAAAUAUGUGCAUUCCAAAACAGAUCACUUUUUUAUCCUAUGAAGAACCUUUGGGGAUCAGUCUGUCUGUUCUUUCCCUUUGUUUUUCUUUAAUGACAACUUUGGUCAUCAUAGUAUUCAUGAAACACAAAGACACUCCCAUCGUCAAAGCCAACAACCGAAAUCUCACUUAUAUACUCCUACUUUCCCUUCUCCUCUCUUUCCUUUGUAUCUUUUUAUUUGUUGGGAGACCGAAUAAGAUUGUGUGUCUUUUUCGACAACCAGCUUUUGGCCUCAUCUUUUCUGUAGCAAUUUCUUGUGUAUUGGCCAAAACCUUUGUUGUAGUUCUAGCAUUCAUGGCCACCAAACCUGGUUCCAAACUGAGGAAAUGGGUGGGUGGAAGAAUGGUCAGCUACAUUAUUUUUCCCUGCUCCUUUGUUCAAAUAUGUGUUUGUGCUGUGUGGCUGAUAACAUCCCCACCAUAUCCAGAUUUUGAUGCGCAGUCAAUGUCUGAAGAAGUCAUCCUGGAAUGCAAAGAAGACUCAGUCAUGUUCUGCUGUGUUUUGGGCUUUAUGGGUUUUCUUGCUCUCGUUAGUUUUUCUGCUGCUUUUCUAGCUAGGAAGUUACCUAACAGCUUCAAUGAAGCCAAAUUCAUCACCUUCAGCAUGUUGGUCUUCUGCAGUGUUUGGUUGUGUUUUAUUCCAACCUAUCUAAGCACAAGGGGAAAAUAUAUGUUGGCUGUGGAGAUCUUCUCCGUGAUCUCCUCCAGUGCUGGUUUAUUGGUGUGUAUUUUUCUUCCCAAGUGUUUUAUCAUUGUGAUGAGACCUGAACUGAACAAUAAACAUCAGCUGAUGAAAAGAAAGUUUUAA